GUGGAAGGGAUAUCUGCUAAGAAGAAUUCAGAUGAGCCUGCCCCUCCCACCUCAUCCCCUCCUCCCUCCCCUCUUUCCUGCCCACCCAUUUGCCUCGGGCUAGGGUGGCAGGAAGGGAGGUGCAGGGCACGGGCGUGAAGAGCAAAUCCCCUCCUGCUCAGAGCUGCUGCCGCCUGCGUCCAGGGCUGCACCCCGCGCAGGCCUCAUAGCCAGGCAUGGCCCCCACAGAGCCCUGGAGCCCCAGCCCGGGGUCCGCGCCCUGGGACUACUCGGGGUUGGACGGCCUGGAGGAGCUGGAGCUGUGUCCGGCCGGGGACCUGCCCUACGGCUACGUCUACAUCCCCGCGCUCUACCUGGCGGCCUUCUCCGUGGGCCUGCUGGGCAACGCCUUCGUGGUGUGGCUCCUGGCCGGGCGGCGCGGCCCGCGGCGGCUGGUGGACACCUUCGUGCUGCACCUGGCGGCAGCUGACCUGGGCUUCGUGCUCACGCUGCCGCUGUGGGCCGCGGCGGCGGCGCUAGGCGGCCGCUGGCCGUUCGGCGAGGGCCUCUGCAAGCUCAGCAGCUUCGCGCUGGCGGGCACGCGCUGCGCGGGCGCGCUGCUGCUGGCGGGCAUGAGCGUGGACCGCUACCUGGCCGUGGUGAAGCUGCUCGAGGCCAGGCCCCUGCGCACCCCGCGCUGCGCGCUGGCCUCGUGCUGCGGCGUCUGGGCCGUGGCGCUGCUGGCCGGCCUGCCCUCCCUGGUCUACCGGGGGUUGCAGCCCCUGCCUGGGGGCCAGGACAGCCAGUGCGGCGAGGAGCCCUCCCACGCCUUCCAGGGCCUCAGCUUGCUGCUGCUGCUGCUGACCUUCGUGCUGCCCCUGGUCGUCACCCUCUUCUGCUACUGCCGCAUCUCGCGCCGCCUGCGCCGGCCGCCGCACGUGGGUCGGGCCCGGAGGAACUCGCUGCGCAUCAUCUUCGCCAUCGAGAGCACGUUUGUGGGCUCCUGGCUGCCCUUCAGCGCCCUGCGGGCCGUCUUCCACCUGGCGCGUCUGGGGGCGCUGCCGCUGCCGUGCCCCCUGCUGCUGGCAUUGCGCUGGGGCCUCACCAUUGCCACCUGCCUGGCCUUCGUCAACAGCUGCGCCAACCCGCUCAUCUACCUCCUGCUGGACCGCUCAUUCCGAGCCCGGGCGCUGGACGGGGCCUGCAGGCGCACCGGCCGCCUGGCGCGAAGGAUCAGCUCGGCCUCUUCGCUCUCCAGGGACGACAGUUCCGUGUUCCGUUGCCGGGCCCAGGCCGCGAACACUGCCUCGGCCUCCUGGUAGCUGCCCCGGGCCGCUGGAGGUGGGCGGCAGCGGAGCACCGAGAGGAGGCGAGAGGUCCCGGAGGGGACUGAGCUCCCCAGACGCGCGUGUUCUGGCGGCAGCAAGCUGCUCCGGCCGGCAUCGCAUUUCCUCGCGCGCUGCCUCGACUCCCAGGGUCUCCUCCAUCAGCUUCCCCGGAACCUCAGAGCAAUUAAACUCUCCUAAACCAGGCUCCUGUGACUAGCUGUUCCCUCUCAGCCUGCAGGGUACCUGAGCUAAUUUUGUCCGGUCCAAGAUAGGUGCUAUGAGAUGGAGCAGACAGCAACUCGGAGACACGCAGAUUCACCAAGUAGACAGAAGGGAAGUGGGUUUCCUUCUCUGUCCCAUCGGGAAGAGAACCCCCCAGAAUAUCUAACCCAGACCCCCAAAAUGCCAUUCUGAUUUCUGGCUGUGCUUUCUCCCGUCUCCCACAAUAGCCUUUGCUUUCAGAGAAAUACCUUCUCCAAGUCAGACCCCCUGCCCUUCUCACUCACAAAAGCCUGGUGUUGAAUCUGGUGACACUUCUCCUCGUGAAGCGGCAGGACUCACCUGGAAGUUGUUCUGGUCUUUCCCUCUGGACAGAAGGUCCUGAAAUCGCUCACCAGGCGUUUUUUGAGGUCUCCAUCACUCAGCCAGGAACCUCAAAAUCUUCUCUGUGAAUUCAUCUUUCUCAAUAAACACUCUUGCUAGCCCUGU